GCGCCUGCUCCCUCUUUCCGCAGCCCCGGGAGAAGGGCAGGAUGCGCUUCCACAAGCUGCAGAACGUGCAGAUCGCUCUCAACUACCUGAAGCACCGGCAGGUGAAGCUGGUCAACAUCCGCAACGAUGACAUUGCCGAUGGCAACCCCAAGCUCACGCUGGGGCUCAUCUGGACCAUCAUCCUGCACUUCCAGGAUCUGUGCCGUGCAGGGCUGGGACGGGUGCCUGCGCGCCGUCCCCAAUGCCGCCUCUCACUGCGCAGACUGGAGCGGCUGCAGCGCAUCGUCAGCAAGCUGCAGAUGGAGUCGGGGCUGUGCGAGGAGCAGCUCAACCAGGCGGACACGCUGCUGCAGUCGGACAUCCGGCUACUCAACGCCGGCAAGGCACCGCAGAAGGCAGCGGAGGUGGAGCGGGACCUGGACAAGGCGGACGCCAUGAUCCGGCUGCUCUUCAACGAUGUGCAGGCGCUCAAGGACGGGCGGCACCCGCAAGGGGAGCAGAUGUACCGCAGGGUUUACCGCCUGCACGAGCGCCUCGUGGCCAUCCGCACCGAGUACAACUUGCGCCUCAAGUCCGGGGCGCCGCCGGUGGCACCGGGCGUGGACCUGCCCACCGUGGAGUCGCACCUGGGCAGCCACCGUGGCCUGCACCAGUCCAUCGAGGAGUUCCGCGCCAAGAUCGAGCGCGCGCGCGCUGACGAGGCGCAGCUCUCGCCGGGACCCCGCAACGCCUACCGCGAGUGCCUGGGCAAGCUGGACCUGCAGUACGCCAAGCUGCUGAACUCGUCCAAGUCCCGCCUGCGGCACCUGGAGAGCCUGCACGGCUUUGUGAGCGCCGCCACCAAGGAGCUCAUGUGGCUCGACGAGAAGGAGGAGGAGGAGGUGAACUUUGACUGGAGCGAUGGCAACCCCAACAUGGCAGCCAAAAAGGAGAACUACUCGGGACUGAUGCGGGAGCUGGAGCUGAGGGAGCGGAAAAUCAAAGAGCUGCAGAGCACUGGGGACCGGCUGCUGCGUGAGGAGCACCCGGGCCGGCAGACUGUGGAGGCCUUCCAGGCGGCACUGCAGACGCAGUGGAGCUGGAUGCUGCAGCUCUGCUGCUGCAUCGAGGCCCACCUCAAGGAGAACACCGCCUACUUCCAGUUCUUUGCCGACGUGCGGGAGGCUGAGGAGCUCCUGCGCAAGAUGCAGGAGAACAUGAAGAAGAAGUACUCGUGCGACCGCAGCAUCACCGUCACUCGCCUAGAGGACCUGCUGCAGGACUCCCUUGAGGAGAAGGAGCAGCUGGCCGAGUACCAGGCACCGGUGGCCGCGCUGGUGCACAAGGGCGACGAGUGCGCCCUGCUCAGCAACGCGCAGCCCUAUAAGUGGAAGGUGUUGAGCACCGCCGGCAGCGAGGCCAUCGUGCCCUCCGUGUGCUUCGUGGUGCCCCCGCCCAACCGGGAGGCGCUGGACGCCGUGCACCGGCUGGAGGCCGCCCCCCAGCACCUGCAGGUGCUCUGGCACCAGCUGCAUGUGGACAUGAAGAGCCUGCUCUCCUGGCAGUACCUGCUGCGCGACAUCCAGCAGAUCCAGUCCUGGUCGCACCUCACGUUCCGCACGCUGCAGGUGGACGAGUGCCGGCAGGUGCUGCGCAGCCUGGAGACGCACUACCAGGAGUUCCUGCGCGACAGCCAGGAUGCGCAGAGCUUCCAGCCUGACGACCGGCUUCACGUGGAGCGCGAGUACAACGCCUGCACCCGCAAGUUCGAACUGCUGCUGCGCAGCCAGGAGCAAGGAGAGCAGGACGAGUCCCUGUGCAAGAGCUACAUCUCGCAGCUGAAGGACAUCCGGCUGCAGCUGGAGGGCUGUGAGAGCCGCACCAUCCACCGCAUCCGCCUGCCCCUCGACAAGGACCCGGUCAAGGAGUGCGCCCAGCGCAUCUCUGAGCAGCAGCAAAUCCACCUGGAGCUGGAGGGCAUCAAGAAGAACUUGGACAAGGUCAGCGAGAAGACGGAGAAGGUGUUGGCGCAGCCGGAGCAGGCCAGCUCAGCCCCUGUGCUGCGCUCCGAACUGGAGGUCACCCUGCAGAAGAUGGACCAGGUGUACAGCCUGUCCAGCAUCUACCUGGAGAAGCUGAAGACCAUCAACCUGGUGAUCCGCAGCACGCAGGGCGCUGAGGAGCUGGUCAAGAAGUACGAGGACCAGCUGAAGAAUGUGCAGACUGUGCCUGCUGACCUGCAGGAGCUGGAGGCCAGCAAGGCUGAGCUGAAGCGGCGGCGCGCGCAGGUGGAGGGGCACCAGCCCCUCUUCAGCACGCUGGAAAGCGACCUGAGCAAGGCCAAGGAUGUCAACGAGCGCAUGGUGCGGGGCCACAGCGAGCGAGACGUGGACCUGGACCGCUACCGGGAGAGAGUGCAGCAGCUGCUGGAGCGCUGGCAGGCCGUGCUCGCCCAGAUCGACCUGCGCCAGCGUGAGCUGGACCAGCUGGGCCGCCAGCUGCGCUACUACCGCGAGAGCUGCGACGGGCUGCUGCAGUGGAUCCAGGACGCCAAGCAGCGCCAGGAGAAGAUCCAGGCAGUGCCCAUCACGGACAGCAAGAGCGUGCGGGAGCAGCUGUUGCAGGAGAAGAAACUGCUGGAAGAGUGCGAGCGCAACAAGGAGAAGGUGGAGGAGUGCCAGCGCUACGCCAAGCAGUACAUCGACGCCAUCAAGGACUACGAGCUGCAGCUGGUGACCUUCAAGGCGCAGGUGGAGCCAGUGGCAUCUCCGGCCAAGAAGCCCAAAGUGCAGUCGGCGUCCGACAGCAUCAUCCAGGAGGUGGGCUUGGCCCGCUUUGCCAGUGCUUUGUCUUGGGGGAUGUUUGUGUUGCUCGUGGGGAGACCCAGGGACCUGAAGCCAUUCCAUGCACAUCCUCCGGCCCCUCUGCCCUGGACCGUCCCAUGUCUUGGUGGCGUGUGGUUGUGGUUGGCGUUUGUGCCAUGGCUCGGUCGCAUUCGUUGUGAUUUCUCUCUCUCCCCUCUCUGUUUUCUCUGCACUCUCUUUCCCCUCCAGAAAGCAGCCGAGAAGCUGAAGGAGGAGGAGAGGAAGCGGCUGGCGGAGGUGGAGGCCCAGCUGGAGAAGCAGAGGCAGCUGGCUGAGGCCCACGCCAAAGCCAAGGCGCAGGCGGAGGCAGAGGCACGGGAGCUGCAGCUCCGCAUGCAGGAGGAGGUCACCCGGCGGGAGGUGGUGGCUGUGGAUGGAGAGCAGCAGAAGCAGAACAUCCAGCAGGAGCUGAUGCAGCUGCGUCAGAACUCUGACCACCAGAUCAAGUCCAAGGUGAAGCUCAUAGAGGAGGCUGAGUAUAACCGCAAGAAGGUGGAGGAAGAAAUCCGCCUCAUCCGCCUCCAGCUGGAGAGCACCGAGAAGCAGCGGGCCAGUGCCGAGACAGAGCUGCAGGAGCUGCGGGCGCGUGCGGAGGAUGCUGAGCGCCAGAAGAAGCAGGCGCAGGAGGAGGCUGAGCGCCUGCGGCGGCAGGUCAAGGAUGAGAGCCAGAAGAAGCGCGAGGCGGAGGAAGAGCUGAAGCGCAAGGUGCAGGCCGAGAAGGAUGCGGCCCGAGAGAAGCAGAAGGCCAUGGCGGACCUGGAGAAGUUCAGGCUGCAGGCGGAGGAGGCUGAGCGGCGGUGGGAGCGUUGCCGGCAGAAGGCCAAUGGGGCGCUGCGGCUGCGGCUGCAGGCCGAGGAGGUGGCCCACAAGAAAACACUGGCCCAGGAGGAGGCCGAGAAGCAGAAGGAGGAUGCGGAGCGGGAGGCCCGCAAGCGCGCCAAGGCUGAGGAGUCCGCCCUGCGGCAGAAGGAGCUGGCGGAGGAGGAGCUAGAGAAGCAGCGGCACGUGGCAGAGGGCACGGCCCAGCAAAAGUUUGCGGCAGAGCAGGAGCUUAUCCGCCUGAAGGCGGAGAUGGAGAAUGGGGAGCAGCAACGCCUGCUCCUCGAGGAGGAGCUCUUCCGUCUGAAGAACGAGGUGAGCGAGGCCAUCCAGAAGAGGAAGGAGGUGGAGGAGGAACUGGCCAAGCUGCGGGCCGAGAUGGAGGUCCUGCUGGAGAGCAAGGCCAAGACGGAGGAGGAGUCGCGCUCCACCAGCGAGAAGUCCAAGCAGCGCCUGGAGGCCGAGGCCAGCAAGCUGCGGGAGCUGGCCGAGGAGGCUGCCCGGCUGCGGGCCCUCUCGGAGGAGGCCAAGAGGCAGCGGCAGCUGGCGGAGGAGGAGGCCAGCCGGCAGCGGGCAGAGGCUGAGCGCAUCCUCAAGGAGAAGCUGGCGGCCAUCAACGAGGCAUCGCGCCUGAAGGCGGAGGCUGAGAUUGCCCUGAAGGAGAAGGAGGCGGAGAACGAGCGGCUGCGGCGGCUGGCAGAGGACGAGGCCUACCAGCGCAAGCUGCUGGAGGAGCAGGCCGCCCAGCACAAGCAGGACAUCGAGGAGAAGAUCGCCCUGCUGAAGCGCUCCUCAGAGAGUGAACUGGAGCGGCAGAAGGGCAUCGUGGACGACACACUGAAGCAGCGGCGCCUCAUCGAGGAGGAGAUCCGCACGCUGAAGCUGAGCUUCGAGAAGGCAUCAGCGGGCAAGGCCGAUCUGGAGCAGGAGUUGGGCCGCAUCCGCGGUGAGGCGGAGGAGGUGCAGCGCCUACGGGAGCAGGCGGAGCGGGAGGCCGAGCGGCAGCGGGCCCUGAAGCAGCUGGCCGAGGCGGAGAUGGAGAAGCACAAGAAGUUCGCGGAGCAGACGCUGCGGCAGAAGGCGCAGGUGGAGCAGGAGCUGACCAAGGUGAAGCUGCAGCUGGAGGAGACGGACCACCAGAAGGGCAUCCUGGACGAGGAGCUGCAGCGGCUGAAGGAGGAGGUGACGGAUGCCAUUCGGCAGAAGGCCCAGGUGGAGGAGGAGCUCUUCAAGGUGCGGGUGCAGAUGGAGGAGCUGGCAAAGCUGAAGAGCCGCAUUGAGGAAGAGAACAAAGCGCUGAUCCUCAAGGACAAGGACAACACACAGAAGUUCCUGGCAGAGGAGGCUGAGAAGAUGAAGCAGGUGGCAGAGGAGGCUGCACGGCUCAGCGUAGAGGCCCAGGAGGCUGCCCGUAUGCGGAAGCUGGCUGAAGAUGACCUGGCGCAGCAGCGGGCCCUGGCAGAGAAGAUGCUGAAGGAGAAGAUGCAAGCAGUGCAAGAGGCCACGCGACUGAAGGCAGAGGCGGAGGUGCUACAGAAGCAGAAGGACCUAGCACAAGAGCACGCCAAACGGCUGCAGGAGGACAAGGAGCAGAUGCAGCAGCGCCUGGCCGAGGAGACUGAGGGCUUCCAGAAAACCCUGGAGGCUGAGCGCCGGCGGCAGCUGGAGAUCACUGCUGAGGCCGAGCGACUCAAGCUGCAUGUGGCGGAGAUGAGCAUGGCCCAAGCCAAGGCUGAGGAGGAGGCCAAGCGGUUCAAGAAGCAGGCAGAGGAGAUCAGCGGGAGGCUGCACGAGACUGAGCUGGCCACGCAGGAGAAGAUGACACUGGUGCACACCCUGGAGAUACAGCGACAGCAGAGUGACCAGGAUGCGGAGAAGCUGCGGAGGGCCAUUGCUGACUUAGAGCAGGAGAAGGAGAAGCUGAAGCAGGAGGCGGCCUUGCUGCAGCAGAAGGCAGAGGAGAUGCAGGUGGCCCAGCAGGUGCAGCUCCGCCAGGAGACACAGAUUCUUCAGCAGACCUUCCUGACGGAGAAGGAUGCCCUGCUCCAGAAGGAGAAGUUCAUUGAGGAGGAGAAAACCAAGCUGGAGAAGCUCUUCCAGGAUGAGGUGAAUAAAGCCAAGAAUCUGAAGGCAGAACAAGAGCGGCAGCAGCAGGAGAUGGAGCAGGAAAAGCAGCAGCUGAAAGCCAUGCUGGACGAAGCCAAAAAGCAUCAGAAAGAAGCAGAGGAAAAUGUGAGGCACAAGCAGGAGGAGCUGCAGCAGCUGGAGAGACAGCGGCAGCAGCAGGAAAAACUCCUUGAAGAGGAGAACAAGAAGCUCAGGGAGAGGCUUGAGCAGAUGCAGGAAGAGCACAAAGCUGCCCUGGCCCAGACACGAGAGAUUAUGAUCCAGACAGAUGACCUACCUGAGGAGGUUGUGGUUACGACAACACAGCUGAUGGACAUCAAAGCCAUGCCCAACGGCAGAGACGUGGUGGAUGGCAUAGCGCAGAACGGCGAGCCAGAGUUUGCCUUUGAUGGCAUCCGCCAGAAGGUGUCUGCAGAGAAGCUGGCUGAAGCUGGCAUUUUGACCAAAGAAAGCUUAGACAAGUUGGCAAAAGGUGUUGUGAGUGUUGGCGAGCUCUCGCAGAGGGAAGAUGUCAAGAAGUAUCUGCAGGGCAAGAGCAGCAUUGCUGGUUUGUUAAUCAAACCCACCAAUCAAAAGAUGAGCAUUUAUGAAGCCAUGAAGAAAAAGCUGCUCACCCCGGGCACUGCGCUGGUCCUCCUGGAAGCGCAGGCUGCCUCUGGCUUCAUAAUUGAUCCUGUGCGAAACGUGAGACUGUCAGUGAAUGAAGCAGUGAGAGAAGGAGUGAUUGGGCCAGAACUGCACAAUAAAAUGCUGUCCGCUGAACGGGCAGUAACUGGCUACAAAGAUCCUUACACGGGAGACAAGAUCUCCCUCUUCCAGGCCAUGUCAAAGGAGCUCAUUGUCAGGGAUCACGGCAUCCGUCUGCUCGAGGCCCAGAUUGCCACCGGUGGUAUCAUUGACCCUGUCAACAGCCACCGCCUCCCUGUUGAAGCUGCCUACAAGCGAGGCUACUUCAACGAGGAGAUGAACGAAGUCCUUUCUGACCCUACAGAUGACACCAAGGGCUUCUUUGACCCUAACACGCAGGAGAACCUCACCUACCUGCAGCUCAUGGAGCGAUGUGUGACCGACCCGGACACGGGGCUGUGCCUCCUUCCACUCACUGACCAGGCAGCCAAAGCAAGGGAGCUGCUCUACACUGACAAAGAAGCCAAGGAUGUCUUUAAGAAGGCUACAGUGAUGGCACCAUUUGGCAAGUUCCAAGGGAAGACAGUGACCAUCUGGGAGAUCAUCAACUCUGAAUACUUCACUGAGGACCAAAGGCGGGACCUGAUCCAGCAAUACAGGACUGGCAAGAUCACGGUGGAGAAGAUCAUUAAGAUUAUCAUCACGGUUGUCGAGGAAAGUGAGAAAAAGAACCAGAUGUUAUUCGAGGGGCUCCGGGCCCCCGUGCCUGCUGCUGAGCUGCUGGAAAGCAAAAUCAUCAACAAGGACCUCUACAACCAGCUGCACCAGGGCAAGAAGUCCGUUCAGGAUGUGGCAGAGAUGGAGUCUGUGAGGCAGUACCUGAAGGGAACGGAUGCCAUUGCUGGCAUCCUAGUGGAGUCAACUGGCCAAAAGUUCACCUUCUACGAGGCCUUGAAGAGAAACCUGCUGAAGCCAGAGCUUGUCCUGCCCUUGCUGGAGGCACAGGCUGCCACAGGCUAUAUCAUCGACCCUGUGAAGAACAAGCUAUAUUCUGUUGAUGAGGCAGUGAAGGCUGAGACCGUGGGGCCAGAGUUUCAUGAGAAGCUGCUGUCUGCAGAGAAGGCUGUGACUGGCUACAAGGAUCCCUACACUGGCCAGACGGUUUCCCUCUUCCAAGCCCUCAAGAAGGGCCUCAUCCCCACCGACACCGGGGUGCGUCUGCUGGAUGUCCAGCUUGCCACAGGUGGCAUCAUUGAUCCUGUGAACAGCCACCGGCUCCCGCUUGAGGCUGCCUACAAGCGGGGCUACCUUGACCCGGAGAUGAACUCAGCUCUGUCCCAGUUCCUAGAGGAGGCCAAGGUUUUCUAUUGUCCCAACACUCAGGAGAACCUCACCUAUGCCCAACUGCAGAAGAACUGCCACCGUGACAAGCAGACUGGCCUCUACCUGCUGCCCCUCUCGGACAAAGCCAUCCAAUCCCAGCAGGAGGAGAUCUAUACAGACAGCCAGGCGAAGGAGUGCUUUGAGAAGGCGACUGUAGAGGUCCCAUCAGGCAGCCUGAAGGGCCAGACAAUGACCAUAUGGGAGCUGAUCCACUCAGAGUACUUCACAGAGGAACACAGGCGGGAGCUCCUGCGACAGUACAAGACUGGCAAGGUGACCAUUGAGAAGAUAAUCAAGAUCAUGAUUACCAUCAUCGAGGAGACAGAGACCAAGAAGCAGGAGAAGCUGACGUUCAGUGGACUCCGGGCCCCUGUGUCUGCCAGUGAGCUGGUGGAAUCCUGUAUCAUCAGCAAAGCCCAGUACGAGCAGCUGAAGGAAGGCAAGAAAUCAGUGAAGGACCUCUCAGAGACAGAUUCAGUUAAGAGAUACCUGCAGGGGAGUGACUGCAUUGCAGGCAUCUAUGUGGAGGCAACCAGAGAGAAACUAAACAUCUAUGAGGCCAUGAAGAGGAACCUGCUGAGGCCCAGCACUGCUGUGGUUCUCCUGGAGGCCCAGGCUGCAACUGGGUUCCUGAUUGAUCCUGUGAAGAACCGGAGGCUGUAUGUCAACGAGGCGGUUAAGGCCGGCAUUGUUGGGCCUGAGCUGCAUGAGAAGCUGCUGUCUGCCGAGAAGGCGGUCACUGGGUACAAGGACCCCUACUCGGGAAACACCAUCUCCCUCUUCGAGGCUAUGAAGAAAGGACUCAUCGUCAAGGAGCACGGCAUCCGCCUGCUCGAGGCCCAGAUUGCCACAGGUGGCAUCAUCGACCCCGUGCACAGUCACCGUGUCCCCGUGGAGGUGGCCUACAAGCGAGGCUACUUUGAUGAGGAAAUGAACCGCAUCCUCUCUGACCCCACAGAUGACACCAAGGGCUUCUUCGACCCCAACACCCAUGAGAACCUCACCUACCUGCAGCUGAAGGAGAAGUGCAUUGAGGACCCUGAGACAGGCCUGUACUUGCUGCCCCUGCGGGCGCCAGAGAAGCCUACAGUGGUGGAGACCACUCAGGUGUACACAGAGGCAGAGACGCGGAAGGUGUUUGAGGAGACGCAGGUGGACAUCCCCGUGGGCAGCCGGGCAGGCUCCUCCAUGUCACUGUGGGAGAUCAUGAACUCAGACUUGCUGCCUGAGGAGCAGAGAAAGCACCUCAUGGAGGAGUUCCAGUCAGGCCGUGUGUCCAAGGAGCGCAUGAUCAUCAUUAUCAUUGAGAUCAUUGAGAAGACUGAGAUAAUCCGGCAGCAGAACCUCACUUCCUACGACUAUGUCCGGCGCCGCAUCACGGCUGAAGACCUCUACGAGGCCACAAUCAUCUCCUUGGACAUCUAUAACCUGCUCAAGCAGGGCUCCAAGACCAUCCGGGAGCUGCUGGACAUAGAGACCGUCUGGAAACACCUCUAUGGGUCAGGCUGCGUGGCUGGCAUCUACAUCCCCUCCUCCAAGCAGAAGCUCAGUAUCUACCAGGCACUGAAGAAGGGGCUGGUCAACUCUGAGGUGGCCCGCUGCCUCUUGGAAGCCCAGGCUGCAACGGGUUUCAUAAUUGACCCUAUAAAGAACGAGAGGCUGACAGUCGACGAAGCAGUCAGGAAAGGUGUAGUUGGGCCAGAAAUCCAUGAUCGGCUCCUGUCUGCAGAGAGGGCUGUGACUGGUUACAGAGAUCCAUACAGUGAGCAGAAGAUUUCCCUCUUCCAGGCCAUGAAGAAGGACCUUAUUCCCAGUGAGGAGGCCCUGAAGCUUCUGGAUGCUCAGAUAGCCACUGGUGGUGUCAUUGACCCACACCUUGGCUUCCACCUUCCCCUGGAGAUGGCCUACCAGCGGGGCUUCAUCAACAAGGACACAUAUGACAUGCUCUCCGAGCCCAGCGAGGUGCGGAGUUACGUGGACCCCUCCACGGACGAGAAGCUCAGCUAUACGCAGCUCCUGAAGCGGUGCCGCAAGGACGAGAGCAGCGGGCUGCUGCUGCUGCCGCUCUGCGACACAAGGAAGCUCACCUUCCGUGGGCUGCGGAAGCAGAUCACUGUGGAGGAGUUGGUCCGCUCGCAGGUAAUGGAUGAGGCCACAGCUCAGCGCCUCCAGGAGGGCCUCACCUCUGUGGAGGAGGUCUCCAAAAACCUGAAGAAGUUCCUGGAAGGCACCAGCUGCAUUGCCGGUGUCUUUGUGGACUCCACAAAGGAGCGACUGUCCGUAUAUCAGGCCAUGAAGAAGGGUAUCAUCAGGCCAGGCACUGCAUUUGAACUCCUGGAGGCACAGGCAGCCACAGGGUAUGUGAUUGACCCUAUCAAAGGCCUCAAGCUGAACGUGGAGGAGGCCGUGCGGAUGGGCAUCGUGGGCCCUGAGUUCAAGGACAAGCUGCUCUCUGCUGAGAGGGCAGUUACUGGCUACCGUGAUCCCUACACUGGAAAGCUCAUCUCCCUCUUCCAGGCCAUGAAGAAGGGGCUGAUCCUGAAAGACCAUGGGAUCCGCUUGCUAGAGGCCCAGAUCGCAACGGGAGGCAUCAUCGAUCCUGAGGAAAGCCACCGGCUGCCUGUGGAGAUGGCCUACAAGAGGGGCCUCUUUGAUGAGGAGAUGAAUGAGAUCCUGCUGGAUCCCAGUGACGACACCAAGGGCUUCUUUGACCCCAACACCGAGGAGAACCUGACCUACCUGCAGCUCAUGGAGCGGUGCAUCACUGACCCAGAAACUGGCCUCUGCCUCCUACCCCUGAAGGAGAAGAAGCGGGAGAGGAAGACUUCCUCCAAGUCCUCUGUCCGCAAGCGCAGGGUGGUGAUCGUCGACCCAGAAACCGGCAAGGAGAUGUCUGUAUAUGAAGCCUACCGCAAGGGUCUCAUCGAUCACCAGACCUACCUGGAGCUGUCGGAGCAGGAAUUUUUGAUGACCACCUCUUCCUCUGAUGGCGUGGUCAAGUCCAUGAUCAUCGACAGGCGCUCAGGCCGUCAGUACGACAUUGAUGAUGCCAUUGGCAAGGGCCUGAUUGACCAGUCGGCUCUGGACCAGUACCGCUCGGGCACGCUUUCCAUAACCGAAUUCGCAGACAUGCUCUCCGGCAACAUGAGCGGCUUCCGGUCGCGCUCGUCCUCUGUGGGGUCAUCCUCCUCCUACACGGUCAGCCCAGCACCCACGCGAACGCAGAUAUCGAUGUGGAGCGACCCAACGGAGGAGACCGGGCCGGUCGCUGGCAUCCUGGACACCGACACACUGGAGAAGGUGUCCAUCACAGAGGCCAUGCGCCGCAACCUCGUAGACAACAUCACGGGGCAGAGGCUGCUGGAGGCCCAGGCCUGCACCGGGGGCAUCAUUGACCCCAUCACUGGGGAUAAAUGCUCUGUGGCAGAUGCAGUGAACAAGGGUCUAGUGGACAAGAUCAUGGUGGACCGCAUCAACCUCGCCCAGAAGGCCUUCUAUGGCUUUGAGGACCCACGAACCAAGACGAAGAUGUCAGCGGCCCAGGCUCUGAAGAAGGGCUGGCUCUACUACGAGGCUGGGCAGCGCUUCCUGGAGGUGCAGUACCUGACGGGAGGGCUGAUCGAGCCUGACGUCGAGGGCCGCGUCUCCUUGGAUGAGGCGCUGCAGAAGGGCACCAUUGACACACGCACAGCCCAGAAGCUGCGGGACGUCAACACCUACUCCAAGUAUCUCACCUGCCCCAAAACAAAGCUCAAGAUUUCCUACAAGGAUGCAAUGGACCGCAGCAUGAUCGAGGACGGCACCGGCCUGCGGCUGCUGGAGGCCUCCUCCCAGUCCAGCAAAGGCUACUACAGCCCCUACAACGUCAGCAGCGCCGGCUCCACCUCCGGCUCGCGGUCGGGCUCCCGGACGGGCUCCAGGGCGGGCUCGAGGCGUGGGAGCUUCGAUGCCACCGGCUCCGGCUUCUCCAUGACCUUCUCCUCCUCCUCCUACUCGUCCUCCAGCUUUGGGCGCAGAUACGCGCUGGGCGCCCCGUGCGCCGUGGAUGCAGCAGCCCUCGCGCUUGCGCUGUCGCAGCUGGGCAGGGGCUGCGCGUGGGAGGCUGGCGGGGAGCGCUCCGGACUGCGGACGCCGCCGCUCUGCGUGGCCUAG